AAAGUGCAGGUACAUUACGUUUGUAAACACAGGUUCCAUUUGUUUGGUCAAAUAAUUGAAAAACUUAAACUUGGGUGGUCCAGAUUUUAAAGAAAACACACAUAGACGCAGACACACACUCACACACCUAACUAUUACAGCCGUAUCAAAGAGAGAGGUGGGUGUAAAAACGUCCUUGUAAAAAAUAAAGUCUCGACCGAUGAGGUCCAGAUUUAGUGGGAUACUGGAGGGAGGACCAAGAAGAGGAGGUCACGUGGGAUCAAGGCCUCCAGUUAAAGUGUCUGAAAAGGGACAUCUUGUCGUUGAAGGGAGGACCGAUGGAAAUACUGCUAGUACAAUCACAUUUUGGCAGCUUUUAAAGUGAGGCUAUACUGCAUAUGGACUGGGCAGAACUGGACACAUCCUGUUAUGCUGGUGUAGCUGCAGACACUGACGGAUGCUCAUCCUCACCGCUGCCUGAGGAAUGUCUCAAUCCUGAUUGGAGGGCCUACAACACAAUGACUAAAGGUCAGGAUGACAAAAAGCUACCAAUUAGAAUCAGAUAAUUAUUCUUUGUAUCCUUUGAUUAAUGAUUUUGUUAUACAUUUGUGAAGGUUCAAUUAAAGUAUAAAGAUGGUUAGAACGGUUCUAGCCAGGUUAAACUGACAUUAGUUCAUCGUUUCAGAGGAUAGUUACUUUAGAGUCUGAGCUUUGUGACAGAAUCCCAAUAUUGAAGAUUUGAUGUUAAGGAAGGCCUUGAUGUGCAGUUACUGCAGCGUGCUCAUUGCUGACCCUGUCAGACUAAUCAGGUUGGCUGACGGGACAGUCCCUUUUCUCAUGUCUAGGUUUCUUCACACGGAAGAAACCCUUUAAGUCUUUAGACCUCUUUGUUUCAACAGGUAUUUUCUCUUCCUCAAAGGUACCGGAAUAGCAAAAUCAGACCCUAAAGAAGAAAGUACAACCUCUUUCAGUUAGCUCUCUGUGAACAAACAGCAAAUUUGAAGUAGCAAACAGUUCAUGAAUGCGCACAAAGGCGCCAGUUGUUAGUGAACUGUGUGUCCGUUGGGGCGGAGUCAGGUGUUAGGGGAGGAGUCAGGUGUUAGGGGAGGAGAGCAGAGGAGAGGACGUCUUGUUAAGGAAACAAAACUUAGGGUAGAAUAUACACUACAGCUACCCGAUGUAGAAGCAGUUCUCUCUUUCAGGAGACAAAUAAAUUGCAUUUUGGAACAAAUUAAGAAGCUACGAGAAGGUGAGUAAAACAAUUUUUAGAAAAGUUAAAACCUCUCUCUUCAUUACGGAACUAAAAGUAAUCCAAUUCCUCAAUGCUUAUACCUUGUCGUCUGUGUCUAGGAAUGGCCUAUGCUAACACUUCCUGGUCUGAGGAGAACUUUUCAUGUCCCAUCUGUCUGGAUGUGUUCAACAGUCCAGUUACCACACCAUGUGGACACAACUUCUGCAGAACCUGUAUUACAAAGUUCUGGGAUGAAAAAGUCCGGUACAAAUGUCCUGUUUGCAACGAGCUUUUUCGUACUAGACCUGAUCUACGGGUGAAUAUUCUCUUAGUAGAGAUGGUUGAUCGGUUUGGUGUACGAGUAAAAGAGCAGCCUUGUGUUGAACCAGGAGAAGUUCCGUGUGACCUCUGUACUGGGACCCAGCUGAAGGCCUUAAAGUCCUGCAUAGUGUGUUUCACCUCUUACUGCCAAACCCACCUGGAGCCACAUCAGAGAGUAGCAGGCCUGAAGAAACAUCGGCUGGUCCAGCCUAUGGACCGUCUGGAAGACAGGAUGUGUAAGAAACACAAUCAAUUACUGGAGCUCUUCUGCAAGACUGAACAGGAGUGUGUGUGUCAGUUCUGCACAGAGGGUGACCACAGGUCCCACCCUGUUGUACCUCUAAAGGAGGAAUAUGAAGUGAAGACAGUCCAGCUGGGGAAGAUAGAGGCUGAAGUUCCGCAGAUGAUCCAGGAGAGAAAACUAAAGAUAAAGAAGAUCAAAGACACAGUAGACAUGAGCAAGAAAGACGCGGACAGAGAGAUAGCCGAUGGUGGGCAGGUCUUCACUGCUCUGAUAGGCUGUGUUGAAAAGUGCCGGGAUGAUUUCAACCAAACGGUUAAUGAGAACCUGAAAUCCACAGAGAAACAAGCUGAAGACCUCAUCAAAGAGCUGGAGCAGGAAAUAGCAGAUCUGACCAAUAGAAGCUCAGAGGUGAAGCAGCUCUCAGACACUAAAGACCAUCUCCACUUCCUCCAGGCCUUCAGAUCCCUGAAGGAUCCUCCAACCACCAGGGCCUGGAAGACGGUGGAGGUCCGUCCUCCGUCAUACGUAGGGACCUUGAGGAGAUCCCUGGAUCAGUUGGAGAAGACACUGAACAUGGAGAUGAAGAAGCGUGUGACUCAGGAUCCUGAUACCGCUCAUCCCAAGCUCCUCCUCUCUAAGGAUGGGAAAUCAGUAAAUCAUGGAGGUGUAAUGAAGAAACUCCCAGACAACAUGAAGUUGAAGAAGCUGCCUGACCUGAAACCAGGUGUUAAGAGGUAUGCUUGUGAACUCACACUGGACCCGAACACAGCCCACAGACAUCUCUCUCUGUCUAAGGACAACAGAAGGGUGAUGCAGCUGGGAAUAACACAGAGGUAUCCUGACCACCCACAAAGAUUUGACUACCAUAGACAGGUGUUGUGUAGAGAGGGACUGACUGGCCGCUGUUACUGGGAGGUAGAGUGGGAAGGAGUGGUGGCUAUAGGAGUGACAUACAGACGAAUGCAUAGGAGAGGAAUGUACGCUGACAGUCAGCUUGGAUGGAAUAUACAUUCGUGGUGUCUUCAUUGUGAUGAUGGUUAUGAUGAUUGUUUUGGGGAAGAUAAUUGCUCUGCCUGGUACAACGGUAGUGAAACAGUAUUGCCUCCCCCCCCCUAUCACUUUAACAGGAUAGGGGUGUAUCUGCACCAAUCUGCUGGCAUUCUGUCCUUCUACGGUGUGUCCCCAGAUGUAGGAGGGUCCUCAGCAAAACGGACACACAUCCACACCUUCCAUUCCACAUUCACUCACGACCUCUACCCUGGGUUUCUGUUAUGUGAUUCUCGUUCCAAAGUGUCGUUGUGUCAGUUAUAGUCUCUCUCUCUCCCUCCCUCCCUCAUUUAGUGCAUGGCAGGAUGGUCUCUACAGAGUGAGGGACUGUUGUAUAAUUUGUGUGGUAAAAAUCUAUAGUCAUGUUGUGUGGCUCUAUGGAGGGUAUUUGUGGCCAGCCAGCGAUCGCGAGGCAGCAUUUCUAUUUGGUCACAAUGACAGAGUUGAUCAAAUCACACCGAAGCACUGUACAGUCCAAAACAUGGGUGGAGUGAUAAUUGUAGACUAUUUUGGAAACAAAGAAAAAAAGUAAAAAGCCAGAUGGGCGUUGAGGGAAAAGGGGUCUUCUCUGAGAUCUACAGGUUGAAGAACUGGAUGAUGAGGAUGAAGGUGAAGAUAAAAGUGAAAAGGAAAUCUGCAUUCUAGCUAAUUCUUAUGGCCGUGAAUAACCAUUCAAGAAGCAGACAGAAAAUAGGUUUGAAAAAUAAUGUGUAUUCCUCAAAAAAAUAUAUAAAUGUAUCCACAAAAAGCAUUGUAGCAUUGUAACCUGAUAGCAGGGAUGCUCUCUGCCUAUUCAUGGUGAUGACAUGAUUUUUAUUUCUUGUUAAAAUCCUGUAAAUAAUU